CUUUGACUGAAAAAUAAAAUAAAAUAAAAAAGAAUUAUUUUUGUUUGUGUAUAUCUUCUUCUAAGGUAGGGAGGAGUGUCCCGGAUUCUCAAGGUGUUAGUGCCCUGAUCGCUCAGAAGACCUCUCAGAGGAGGAGGAGACUUCUGAGCUGACAGUUUUCUCAGUUUCUCCAGUUCGAGGAUUCUUGUCCUAUCCUCAGUCUGAUGUCCCCUCACAUCCUGGAGGUCUCUGGGUUGCUCUUGCCCCAUCCUGUCACUGGUGGGACUCCCGGGAGGUCACUUCCAUCCCUUGCCCUGGUCUCCGCUCUGUCUCUGCUCUCACUGCUGGAAUGUUUCCCAGCUUGCUUGGCUAUAAACCUAAGGCAAGUUGCUUGCCAUUUUUGAGCCAGUUCCCUCAUCUACAAAAUAGGAAGGAUAAUUCUCACCUCCUAAAAAUUGUUGUGAGGGUUAAAUAAAAUACUGCAAAGCGCUAACCAUAAUUCGUAGCCUAUAGUAAAUAUUCAGUAGGUGAUGGUUAUUUUAAUUCGCCCUCUCUCACUGCCCCUCCUCCCCUAGCUCUGGGAGCCUCUGCCUCCGGGAGCAGGAAAUAGGGUUCUGGGAGUGGAUUAGUUUUGGGUUUCACUUAAUCUGGGAGGCCCUUCCGCAAUCGGAGCCCUCACAGGGGCCAAACUGAUAUAAAUCUGCUUAGGAGGCCUGAUUCACAGACGCUGCAGGAUGGAGCGGGGCGCAGGAGCCAAGCUGCUGCAGCUGCUGCUGCUUCUGCGGGCGACUCGUUUCACAUGUGCACAGGCAGAUGGCCGGAACGGCUACUCGGCGGUCAUCGAAGUGACCAACGGGGGUCCCUGGGGCGACUGGGCCUGGCCCGAGAUGUGUCCUGACGGGUUCUUCGCCAGCGGGUUCUCGCUCAAGGUGGAGCCUCCCCAAGGCAUUCCUGGCGACGACACUGCACUGAAUGGGAUCAGGCUGCACUGCGCGCGCGGGAACGUCCCAGGCAAUACGCACGUGGUAGAGUCCCAGUCUGGAAGCUGGGGCGAAUGGAGUGAGCCGCUGUGGUGUCGCGGCGGCGCCUACCUAGUGGCUUUCUCGCUUCGCGUGGAGGCACCCACGACCCCCGGUGACAACACAGCAGCGAACAACAUGCGCUUCCGCUGUUCAGACGGCGAGGAACUGCAGGGGCCUGGGCUGAGCUGGGGAGACUUUGGAGACUGGAGUGACCGUUGCCCCAAGGGCGCGUGCGGCCUGCAGACCAAGAUCCAGGGACCUAGAGGCCUCGGCGAUGACACUGCGCUGAACGACGCGCGCUUAUUCUGCUGCCGCAGUUGAAAGGCGCCGCCGCCGCCGCUCUCUCCCGGGCCAGGAGCCUAGUCCCACCUCUUGCUAUUAAAGCUUCUCUGAGUUGACUUUG